AUGGCGCCCAUAGUAGACAUCCACACUCAUGUCUACCCACCCAAGUACAUGGAUCUCCUCCGCGCGCGCACGACAGUCCCCUACGUCCGCACCUUCCCCGACGCCCCCGACUCCAGUCGUCUGAUCAUCCUCCCUGGCGAGGAUGACCCCUCUACCCCGUCUACGUCGCGCGGCCGCCCCAUUGGCCCCGAGUACUUCGAUAUUGCCAAGAAGAUUGCGUUCAUGGACCAGCACAAGAUUGACAAGAGUGUGAUCUCGUUGGCGAAUCCGUGGUUGGAUUUCUUGUCGGCCGAGGAGGCCGGAAGCAAGGCCGUGGAGAUCAACGAUGAUGUCAAUGAGCAGUGCGCAUUGUACCCUGGACGUUUGUACUUCUUCGGCACGCUCCCGUUGUCUUCGGACACAGACACCAUUGUGAAGGAAAUCGAGCGACUGUCCACACUCACGUAUGCACGCGGCGUUAUCCUCGGUACCUCAGGUCUAGGGUCUGGUCUCGACGACACCAGGCUGGAUCCCGUGUACGCCGCGCUGCAAAAACACAACCAGCUCAUCUUCCUGCACCCGCACUACGGACUCCCGUCGUCUGUGUACGGACCCCGGGCGAGUGAGUACGGUCAUGUGCUCCCUCUGGCCCUGGGCUUCCCGCUGGAGACGACGAUUGCAGUCACAAGGAUGCUGUUGAGCGGCGUAUGGGAUCGCUUCACAGGCCUCAGCGUGCUGCUCGCCCACAGCGGAGGUACACUUCCGUUCCUGGCAGGCCGAAUUGAGAGCUGCAUCCUACACGACGGUCACCUGAAAGAACACGGCAAGACACAGAACCGCCGAGACGUGUGGGACAUUCUCAAGACGAACAUCUACCUUGAUGCGGUGAUCUACUCUGAAGUCGGACUGAACGCAGCCGUCGAGGCAUCGGGCGCAGACAGGCUUCUGUUCGGCACAGACCACCCGUUCUUCCCACCGCUGGAGGAGGAUGCGAAGGAGUGGCACAGCGUGAACGCCAACUAUGGAGCUAUCUCGAAGGCGUUCUCCGGGAGCAAGGAGAAGGCGCAAGGCGUGCUUGGUGGUAAUGCUGUGCGGAUACUGAGAUUAGACUAG